ACUAAAAAAGGAUAACGUUAUUCAAAAUCGCAGUAUAAAGUGUUAUAAAGUCAUUGUUGGAUGAAGUACUCAGUCAGUGUGCUGUCACCUUUCCGGGGGUGUGUUUCUUAGGUGUUUAAUGCUCGGUUAUUGCGUAAAAUAUAAUUGAUAGAGGUUUUAAAGUAUGGGGGAUUCGCUCGAAGGGGGCGACGCUCCCUCGGAUACCCAAAAUGUCGGUCUAAUCGAGUAUACAACUUUCGUUAAUUACAUACGUAAAGCCACAACGGUACAUUUGCCGGAAGAUGAUGGGUUAAGAGCACCGGCCCUCGAAGCCGCAUUGGAAGAUAAGAACAGUCAAGAAUGCAUAAAAAAAUUCAUUUCGGAUUCCCAAGUAUCCACGUUGUACGUACAGAGAAAUUCAUCCAAAGAUGAUGACAGUGAUCAACCACCGGAGGGCGAAGAGGAAAAGGAACCUGUUACUUAUUAUAUCAGCAAUGAGGUUUAUUACACCAAUUCAAAAAUAUCUAGUUUAGCUUUUAUCAAACGUGGUACUGUUGUUGAAGCAGAUAAAAGCAUUUGGUCACAAAUUCGAAUUAUCAGUUUAAAUGAUGGCUCUCCUUAUGAAACUUUACAUUCUUAUGUUAGUAAAUCGGUGGCACCGUACUUUAAAAGUUACGUCAAGGAAUCUGGUAGAGCAGAUAGAGAAGGUGAUAAAAUGGCACCAUCGGUAGAAAAAACAAUAGCUGCUUUAGAAAUGGGUCUAUUACAUCUCCAACAAAACAUUGAUAUCCCAGAAAUAACAUUACCGAUUCACGGUGUUGUUGCAUCAGUAAUAAAAAGACGCGCUGAUGAUGGUGUUAAAGCAAAAGUGGAAGAUUUCUCAGAAUACGUAACCGAUUCAUCAUUCUUAAAUCAAUUACACAACGGUGUUAAUCGUUGGAUUAAAGAAAUACAAAAAGUAACAAAACUAGUUCGUGACCCUUCUUCUGGUACUGCACUUCAAGAGAUAAGUUUCUGGUUAAAUUUGGAUCGUGCUCUUCAUAGGAUUCAAGAGAAACGCCAAAGCAUGGAGGUGACGUUAACGUUGGACAUUCUAAGGAUUGGAAAACGUUUUCAUGCCACUGUUUCUUUCGAUACUGAUACAGGAUUAAAACAGGCUUUGGCCACAGUUGAUGAUUAUAACCCAUUAAUGAAAGACUUCCCAAUAAACGAUCUACUUGCCGCUACUGAGUUAGAAAGAAUCAGAGCGGCGGUUCAAUUAAUUUUCGCACAUAUGCGGAAAAUUCGCACCACUAAGUACCCAGUGCAAAGAUGUCUUCGCCUUGUCGAAGCCAUUUCAAGAGAUUUAAGUUCUCAGUUGCUAAAAGUGUUGGGGACGCGUCGCUUAAUGCACAUCCCUUAUGAUGACUUUGAUAAGGUUAUGAUACAAUGCUUUGAGGUUUUUUCAACGUGGGAAGAUGAAUAUGAAAAAUUACAAAGUUUAUUAAGAGAUAUAGUAAAAAAGAAACGCGAAGAACACUUAAAAAUGGUAUGGAGAGUUUCCGCUCACCAUAAAAAACUUCAAUCUCGUAUGGAACAUAUGCGUAAAUUCCGUCGCCAACACGAACAACUUCGAACUGUUAUAGUUCGCGUUUUAAGACCCAGUGUUCGCGAAUUAGCUAAUGCUGUGGAAGGUGAUGAGGUAAAACAAAACGAACCGGACGCUUUCACAAUGGAUGCAGCGGACGCAAACGCCAUUGUUGAAGUUAACUUGGCGUAUGAAAACGUUAAAGAAGUAGACUGUUUGGAUAUAACCAAAGAAGGUCAAGACGCUUGGGAUGCUGCCGUUCAACGAUAUGAAGAGCGUAUCGAUCGAGUUGAAACAAGGAUUACCGUACAUCUUAGGGAUCAACUUGGAACAGCUAAAAACGCCAAUGAGAUGUUUAGGAUUUUUUCGAGAUUUAACGCGUUAUUUGUCCGCCCCCAUAUUCGCGGGGCCAUUAGAGAAUAUCAAACGCAUUUAAUUCAAAGGGUUAAAGAUGAUAUUGAUGCAUUACAUGAAAAGUUUAAGGUGCAAUAUCCUCAAAGUAACAGUUAUAGGAUCAGUAAAUAUAGAGAUUUACCCCCUAUUGCUGGCUCUAUAAUUUGGGCGAGACAAAUUGAUCACCAAUUAACGACUUAUUUAAGAAGAGUCGAAGACGUUCUUGGUAAAGGUUGGGAAAAUCAUAUUGAAGGCCAAAAAUUAAAAGAAGACGGAGAUAGUUUCCGCGCAAAGUUGAAUACCCAAGAAAUUUUCGACGAUUGGGCCAGAAACGUACAACAACGAAAUUUGGGUGUACCAAGUCGUAUAUUUACAAUUGAUGCUGUCCGUGCUAGAAGUGGACGGGGAAAUGUACUCAAAUUAAAAGUAAACUUCCUUCCUGAAAUCAUUACCCUUGCAAAGGAAGUUAGAAAUUUAAAAUGUCUUGGAUUUAGAGUUCCUCUAGCGAUUGUCAACAAAGCCCAUCAAGCCAAUCAAUUAUAUCCAUUUGCAAUAUCUUUGAUUGAAAGCAUCAGAACUUAUGAUAUGACUUUAGAGAAGCUACACGCAAGGAGCAGUUCGUUUGUGAAGCUUGAAGACAAAGCAAGUAUAAUCCCUCUAGUAGCCGGCACACGAAAAGAAGUUCAACAAUUAAUCGCGGAAGGCAUCCAACUAACGUGGGAGAGCUUCAAAUUAGACCCUUACGUCCAAAGACUUUCAGAAACUGUGGUUAGUUUCCAAGAACGUGUCGAAGAACUUGUUAUUAUUGGAGAACAAUUAGAGGUCGAUGUGCGUUCUUUGGAAACUUGCCCCUACUCCGCGCAUACAUUCGCUGACAUUUUAUCGAAAAUACAACACGCCGUCGAUGAUUUAUCUCUAAAACAAUUCUCUAAUCUUCAUAUUUGGGUUAGUCGAUUAGACGAACAAGUCGAAAAGAACUUGGCGCAUCGUUUGCAGUCUGGAAUUCACGCUUGGACGGAUGCUUUAAAUGGGCAGAAAAAAGAAAUCGAUCAUAGUAUGGAUACAGAUGAACCGACACAACCCACACAUAAACCCGGUGGAGAUCCACAAAUAAAAGUUGUUAUACACGAAGUUCGGAUUACGAAUCAAACGAUGUUUUUGCAUCCAAGUAUUGAAGAAGCGCGGUUUCAAAUUAUGCAGCAAUUAUUUGCUUGGGAAGCAAUAGUUACUUCUCAGCAAAGAUUGCAGAGUAGUCGAUAUCAAGUUGGGGUGGAUAAACCAGUUACUGAAACUUACAGAAAUAUUUUAACCCAAUUACCUGGUGGACCUAUUCCUUUGGACGCGGGAUACACAGCGAUUGCCGGAAAAAUUAAAGAAUUACAAAAAUAUAUGGAUGAAUGGUUGGCUUAUCAAACAUUAUGGGAUUUACAAUCCGAUAAACUUUAUGGUCAAUUAGGCGAUGAUGUUAACAAAUGGAUGAAUUGCUUAAACAACAUUAAAAAAGCUCGCGCUACGUUUGAUACAUCAGAUACUAGAAGAGAAUUCGGUCCUGUCAUCAUUGAUUUCACAAAAGUCCAAAGUAAAGUCUCCUUAAAAUACGAUUCUUGGCACAAAGAAACUUUAAGCAAAUUCGGAUCAUUACUCAGCAACGAGAUGACUUCAUUCCAUUCUCAAAUCUCUAAAUCUCGAUCUGACCUUGAAUUACAAAGUAUUGAAGCUGCGAGUACUUCAGACGCCGUUUGUUUUAUUACUUACGUUCAAUCAUUAAAACGUAACAUGAAAAAAUGGGAGAAACAAGUCGAAGUUUACCGAGAGGGUCAAAGGAUUUUAGAACGCCAACGUUUUCAAUUUCCAAACAGUUGGCUUCACGUUGAAAAUCUCGAAGGUGAAUGGGGAGCUUUCAAUGAAAUAAUUAAGCGUAAAGAUUCUUCGAUACAAACGCAAGUGGCUUCUUUACAACAAAAGAUUGUUUCUGAAGACAAAGCUGUUGAAAAUCGUACUAACGAUUUCUUAACCGAUUGGGAAAGAAGUAAACCUGUUGAGGGUCAUUUAAGACCAGAUGAAGCUCUCACACAAUUACAAUUGUUUGAAGGUAAAUUUGCAAGAUUAAAAGAAGAGCGGGAUAACGUCGCUAAAGCUAAAGAAGCUUUGGAAUUACAAGAACCAGGUGGAACAAGCACAAGUGAAGAUCGCAUGCAGGUUGUGUUUGAAGAAUUACAAGAUUUACGAGGAGUUUGGUCUGAAUUAUCGAGAAUUUGGGCUCAAAUUGAUGAGACGAGAGAGAAACCAUGGCUAUCCGUCCAACCAAGAAAACUACGUCAACAAUUAGACGUCCUAUCAGCACAACUUAAGGAAUUACCAGCUCGUUUAAGACAAUAUGCUUCAUACGAAUAUGUAAAGAAAACUUUACAGACUUAUACUAAAGUAAAUAUGAUUAUAGUUGAAUUAAAAUCUGAUGCAUUAAAAGAGCGACACUGGAAACAAUUAAUGAAACAAUUAAGAGUUAAUUGGGUAUUAUCUGAUUUAACGUUAGGACAAGUUUGGGAUGUUAAUUUACAAAAGAAUGAAGCUAUAGUCAAAGAUGUAAUUCUCAUAGCUCAAGGUGAAAUGGCACUUGAAGAAUUCUUGAAGCAAGUUAGAGAAUCUUGGCAAACUUACGAGCUCGAUUUAAUUAAUUAUCAAAAUAAAUGUAAAUUAAUAAGAGGUUGGGAUGAUCUUUUCAAUAAAGUCAAAGAACAUAUUAAUUCAGUUGCUGCAAUGAAACUCUCGCCUUAUUAUAAAGUUUUUGAAGAAGAAGCUUUAACUUGGGAAGAAAAAUUAAAUAGAAUCAACGCGUUGUUCGAUGUUUGGAUUGAUGUUCAAAGAAGAUGGGUUUAUUUAGAAGGAAUCUUUUCAGGAAGUGCUGAUAUUAAAACAUUAUUGCCUGUUGAAACAUCAAAAUUCCAAAGUAUUAGUUCGGAAUUUUUAGGAUUAAUGAAAAAAGUUAGUAAAUCUCCUAUGGUCAUGGAUGUAUUAAACAUCCAAGGAGUUCAAAGGUCUCUAGAACGUCUAGCUGAUUUACUUGGAAAGAUACAAAAAGCUUUGGGUGAAUACCUCGAAAGAGAGCGUAAUUCCUUCCCAAGAUUUUAUUUCGUCGGUGAUGAAGACUUAUUAGAAAUUAUUGGAAACAGCAAAAACGUCGCUCGUUUACAAAAACAUUUCAAAAAAAUGUUUGCAGGGGUCGCCUCAAUCUUAUUGAACGAAGAUAACACCGUGAUCUUAGGAAUUGCUUCCCGCGAAGGUGAAGAAGUCGAAUUUAAAAAUGCCGUCUCCACUGUUGAACAUCCAAAAAUCAACGAAUGGUUAACGUUAGUUGAAAAAGAAAUGCGAGUAACAUUAGCAUCAAACUUAGCAGCGGCCGUCCAAGACAUCAAACAAUUCAAAGAUAACAUCGACACGCAAAUUUUUAUGGAAUGGGUUGACAAAUAUCAAGCGCAAAUCGUCGUUUUAGCCGUUCAAAUUAUUUGGAGUGAAGACGUCGAAGCCGCUUUAGUUAAAAUGAACAGUGAACCGCAAAAAGGACCUUUAGAAACGGUUCUUCAACAAGUCGAAAGCACUUUGAAUGUAUUAGCCGAUUCGGUUCUUCAAGAACAACCUCAAUUAAGACGUAAAAAACUCGAACAUUUAAUCAACGAAUUUGUUCAUAAACGAACUGUAACAAGACGUUUAAUUUCUAACGGAGUUUGUAGUAAUAAAGCUUUCGAAUGGCUUUGCGAAAUGAGAUUCUAUUUCGAUCCGCGACAAAGCGAAGUUCUUAAACAACUUACAAUUCAUAUGGCGAACGCUCAUUUUUAUUAUGGUUUUGAAUAUCUUGGUGUUCAAGAUCGCUUGGUACAAACACCUUUAACAGAUCGUUGUUAUUUGACGAUGACGCAAGCUUUAGAAGCUCGAUUGGGAGGAUCUCCUUUUGGCCCCGCUGGUACUGGUAAAACUGAAUCCGUGAAAGCUUUAGGAAACCAAUUGGGUCGUUUCGUUUUGGUUUUUAAUUGUGAUGAAACGUUCGAUUUCCAAGCAAUGGGAAGAAUCUUUGUUGGGCUGUGUCAAGUUGGCGCUUGGGGUUGUUUUGAUGAAUUUAAUCGUCUCGAAGAAAGGAUGUUAUCCGCUGUUUCUCAACAAGUUCAAACGAUUCAAGAAGCUUUGAAAUCGCAAAAGGAAUCUAAUCUUGAUUCUACAAUGUCUAAAGCAAGUAUUUCUGUAGAAUUAGUUGGAAAACAAGUAAAAGUAUCCCCUGAUAUGGCAAUUUUCAUCACAAUGAACCCUGGAUACGCAGGAAGAUCAAAUCUUCCUGAUAACUUAAAGAAACUAUUUAGAUCUCUUGCUAUGACGACCCCAGAUCGACAACUCAUCGCAGAAGUGAUGUUAUUCUCCCAAGGAUUCAGAUCAGCCGAAAAAUUAGCUUGCAAAAUAGUCCCAUUCUUCAAAUUAUGUGGUGAACAACUUUCAAAUCAAUCCCAUUAUGAUUUUGGCCUUCGCGCACUCAAAUCCGUCUUAGUAUCUGCUGGAAAUGUCAAACGAGACCGCAUCCAACGCAUCAAAGAGAACAAAAAACAACGUGGUGAAACUAACAUUGAUGAAGCGAGUAUCGCGGAAAGUUUACCUGAACAAGAAAUCCUUAUCCAAUCAGUCUGCGAGACGAUGGUUCCGAAAUUAGUAGCCGAAGAUAUCCCGUUACUCUUCAGUUUAUUAAGUGACGUUUUCCCAAAUGUCCAAUACACCAGAGCCGAAAUGAAAGGAUUAAAAGACGAAAUCCGGAAAGUUUGCGAAGAGGAAUUCUUCGUUUGCGGAGAAGGCGACGAACAGGGAGCGUCAUGGAUGGAAAAGCCUAAAAGAAUUGUAGGAGAAAAUUGGAUCGUGAAGGUGCUACAACUUUAUCAAAUUUCUAAUUUGAAUCAUGGUUUAAUGAUGGUUGGUCCAAGCGGUUCUGGAAAGAGUACUGCAUGGAGAGUACUUCUUAAAGCUUUGGAGAGGUUUGAAGGAAUUGAAGGAGUUGCACAUGUUAUUGAUCCAAAAGCUAUUAGCAAAGAAGCUUUGUAUGGUGUUUUAGAUCCAAAUACAAGGGAAUGGACAGAUGGCCUGUUUACGCACGUUUUAAGAAAAAUUAUUGAUAACGUUCGUGGUGAAAUCAAUAAACGACAAUGGAUUAUAUUUGAUGGCGAUGUAGAUCCCGAAUGGGUAGAAAAUCUUAAUUCAGUACUUGACGAUAACAAACUUUUAACAUUACCAAAUGGUGAACGUCUUUCCCUUCCACCGAACGUAAGAAUAAUGUUUGAAGUGCAAGACUUAAAAUACGCAACGUUGGCGACCGUUUCCCGUUGCGGAAUGGUUUGGUUCUCCGAAGACGUGCUUUCUACCGAAAUGAUCUUUGAAAAUUUCUUGAUGAAACUUAAAUACAUCUCGUUAGAUGAAGGUGAUGAUGAAGGGUUCGGGAAGAAAUCGAUGGAUGUCAAAGAAGAUACUCUUUCCCCUAAUAUGCAAGUUCAAAGAGACGUGGUUAAUAUUCUGCAGCAAUAUUUAACUCCUGAUGGUUUGGUGAUUCGUUGUUUGGAAUAUGCAAUGGAACAAGAACACAUUAUGGAUUUUACACGAUUGAGAGCUUUAAGUUCUUUGUUCUCUAUGUUAAAUCAAUCGGUUAGAAAUAUUCUUCAAUAUAAUCAUUCCCAUUCAGAUUUUCCUCUACCAAACGACGACAUCGAACGUUAUAUCCCAAAAUGUUUAGUUUAUGCUUUACUUUGGAGCUUCGCCGGCGACGCCAAGUUGAAGGUCCGAUCAGAUUUAGGAGAUUUCAUUAGAUCUAUUACCACGAUUCCAUUACCACCUGAAAAUCAAAUGCCAAUAAUCGAUUAUGAAGUCGGCAUUCAUGGAGAAUGGGUUCCUUGGUCUAAUAAAGUUCCACAAAUUGAGGUUGAAACCCAUAAGGUUGCCUCACCAGAUAUUGUCGUUCCAACUUUGGAUACUGUAAGACAUGAAUCUUUGCUUUAUACAUGGUUGGCUGAACACAAACCAAUUGUUCUUUGUGGUCCUCCUGGUUCUGGUAAAACAAUGACACUUUUCUCAGCAUUGAGAGCUCUCCCAGACAUGGAAGUUGUUGGCCUAAACUUUUCAUCAGCCACAUCACCCGAAUUACUUUUAAAAACGUUCGAUCAUUAUUGCGAAUAUAGAAAAACACCAAAUGGAGUUGUUUUAGCUCCAGUUCAACUUGGUAAAUGGUUAGUACUAUUUUGUGAUGAAAUUAAUUUACCUGAUAUGGAUAAUUAUGGAACACAAAGAGUCAUCAUGUUCUUACGUCAACUAGUUGAGCAAAGAGGCUUUUAUAGAGCAUCAGAUCAAACUUGGGUCGCACUGGAAAGAAUCCAAUUUGUUGGAGCUUGCAAUCCACCAACAGAUCCGGGAAGAAAACCUUUAUCACAUCGAUUUUUAAGACAUGUUCCCGUUGUUUAUGUUGAUUAUCCAGGAGAAAUUUCUUUAAGACAAAUUUAUGGAACAUUUAUUCGCGCUAUGUUAAGAUUAGCCCCAAAUCUAAAAGGUUACGCAGAACCCCUUACAAACGCUAUGGUCGAGUUCUACUUAGCUUCCCAAGAUAGAUUUACUCAAGAUAUGCAACCUCACUAUGUGUAUUCACCCAGAGAAAUGACACGAUGGGUGCGAGGAAUUUGCGAAGCAAUCCGACCAUUAGACAAUUUAGCUGUUGAAGAUUUAGUAAGAUUAUGGGCACAUGAAGCUUUAAGACUUUUCCAAGACAGAUUAGUCGAAGAUUCUGAACGUCAAUGGACGAAUGAAAAUGUUGAUGCUGUAGCUUUAAAACAUUUCCCAUCAGCGAAUUGUGAAAAAGCUUUGGCCAGACCGAUUCUUUACAGUAAUUGGUUAUCAAAAGAUUAUGUUCCGGUUGAUAGAGAACAUUUACGUGAAUAUGUAAAAGCACGUCUAAAAGUAUUCUAUGAAGAGGAACUUGAUGUACCUUUAGUUUUGUUUGAUGAAGUUUUAGAUCACGUUUUGCGUAUCGAUAGAAUUUUUAGACAACCGCAAGGCCACCUUUUAUUAAUCGGCGUAUCAGGAGCGGGAAAGACGACAUUAUCAAGAUUUGUGGCUUGGAUGAACGGUUUAUCAAUUUUCCAAAUAAAAGUACACAAUAAAUACACCGCAUUUGAUUUCGACGAGGAUCUACGCUCCGUUUUGAGGAGGAGCGGUUGCAAAGAUGAAAAGAUUACGUUCAUAUUAGACGAAUCAAAUAUGUUGGAUUCGAGCUUCUUAGAAAGAAUGAAUACUUUAUUAGCUAACGGUGAAGUUCCUGGUUUAUUCGAAGGUGAUGAAUAUGCUACAUUGAUGACUCAAUGUAAAGAAGGAGCUCAAAGAGAAGGUCUUAUGCUCGAUUCAAAUGAUGAAUUAUACAAAUGGUUCACUGGGCAAGUUAUGCGUAAUUUACACGUUGUAUUUACAAUGAAUCCUUCUACUGAUGGAUUAAAAGAUCGUGCUGCCACAUCACCAGCUUUGUUUAAUAGAUGUGUUUUAAAUUGGUUUGGAGAUUGGUCCGAUACCGCUCUAUUCCAAGUCGGUUGGGAAUUUACGAAUCGUUUAGAUCUUGAUCGCCCCAACUGGAAAACACCAGACUUUUUCCCCGCCGCGUGUUCUUCAAUAUCAGCCACACCAGGUUACAGAGAAGCUGUAAUAAACGCUUGCGUUUACGUGCAUCAAACAUUACACAAAGCGAACGCUCGAUUAGCAAAACGAGGUAGUCGAACAAUGGCGAUUACACCAAGACAUUACUUAGAUUUCAUAAAUCAUUUUGUUAAAUUAUACAACGAAAAACGAUCCGAUUUAGAAGAACAACAGUUACAUUUAAACGUUGGUUUGAGUAAAAUAGCUGAAACUGUCGAACAAGUUGAAGAGAUGCAAAAAAGUCUUGCUGUUAAAUCGCAAGAGUUACAAGCGAAGAACGAAGCUGCCAACGCUAAAUUGAAACAGAUGGUGAAAGAUCAACAGGAAGCCGAAAAGAAGAAAGUUCAAAGCCAAGAGAUUCAACAACAAUUAGCGCAACAAACGAUUCACAUAGAACAGAAGAGAACUGAAGUUAUGGCUGAUUUGGCUCAAGUGGAACCAGCUGUUAUUGAUGCACAAACAGCUGUAAAGUCGAUCAAAAAGUCGCAACUGGUCGAAAUUCGUUCGAUGGCCAAUCCGCCUGCCCUCGUGAAAUUGGCCCUAGAGUCCAUUUGCUUGCUGCUCGGGGAGAACGCAAGCGACUGGAAAUCUAUUCGCACCGUCAUCAUGCGCGACAACUUCAUAAAUAGCGUCGUAUCUAACUUUAACACGGAAGACAUUAGCGAUGAUGUUCGUGAAAAAAUGAGGAACCGAUAUUUAAGUAAUCCCGAUUAUAAUUUCGAGAAAAUUAACCACGCUAGUAAUGCUUGUGGACCUUUGGUGAAAUGGGCUACAGCUCAAAUCCAAUAUGCAGAUAUGUUAAAGAAAGUUGAACCUCUUCGCGAAGAAUUAAACUCUUUAGAAACACGAGCGGAAACCAACAAAAGUAAAGGCGACGAAGUUAAAACAUUAAUUAGCCAAUUAGAACAGAGUAUCGCUUCUUACAAAGAAGAAUAUGCUCAACUCAUUGCGCAAGCCCAAGCUAUUAAGAGCGAUUUAGAAAACGUUCAAGCUAAAGUUGACCGAUCAAUUGCGUUAAUAAAAUCAUUAGUUAUUGAAAGAACUAGAUGGGAAACAACCAGCGAAACUUUCAGAUCGCAAAUGUCUACUAUUAUAGGGGACGUUCUUUUAUCAUCAGCUUUUAUCGCUUAUGGAGGUUACUUUGACCAACACUAUCGUCAAAAUUUGUUUAUGGCAUGGAGUACUCAUUUAUCUCAAGCUGCCAUUCAAUAUCGAGCGGAUAUUGCAAGAACUGAAUAUUUAUCAAAUCCAGAUGAAAGAUUACGUUGGCAAGCAAAUGCUUUACCAACAGAUGAUUUAUGUACAGAAAACGCCAUAAUGAUUAAGAGAUUUAAUCGUUACCCAUUAAUAAUCGAUCCAUCCGGUCAAGCAACUGAAUACAUAAUGAACGAAUAUAAAGAUAGAAAAAUAACCAAAACAAGUUUCCUUGAUGACUCAUUUAGGAAAAAUCUUGAGUCCGCGUUACGUUUUGGCAACCCACUUUUAGUUCAAGACGUCGAAAAUUACGAUCCCAUCUUAAAUCCGGUUUUAAAUCGUGAAUUACGCAGAACUGGAGGACGUGUUUUAAUUACUUUAGGCGACCAAGAUAUCGAUUUAUCGCCAUCAUUCGUUAUUUUCCUCUCCACAAGGGAUCCAACGGUUGAAUUUCCUCCAGAUAUUUGUUCGAGAGUAACUUUCGUUAAUUUCACCGUAACACGAAGUUCGUUACAGAGUCAAUGUUUAAAUCAAGUUCUUAAAGCUGAACGUCCGGAUAUUGAUGAGAAGCGAUCGGAUUUAUUGAAAUUACAAGGAGAAUUCCAUUUAAGAUUGAGACAACUAGAAAAGUCUUUAUUACAAGCAUUAAACGAUGCUAAAGGAAAGAUUUUAGACGAUGAUAGUGUGAUAACUACUUUAGAAACUUUAAAACAAGAAGCUGCUGAAAUUGGGCAAAAAGUGGAAGAAACAGAUAAAGUCAUUUCAGAAAUUGAAACCGUUUCGCAACAAUACAUGCCGCUUUCACAAGCUUGUAGCAACACUUAUUUCACUAUGGAUAGUUUGAAUCAAGUCCAUUUCUUAUAUCAAUACUCAUUAAGAAUGUUUUUGGAUAUGUUUAAUACCGUUUUAUUCAGUAAUCCAAAUCUCACGGGAAUUUCCGAUUAUCAAUCCAGACUUAACGUAGUGACUAAAGAUUUAUUUGCUGUCGUUUAUGAUCGUGUAGCACGUGGAAUGCUUCACACAGAUCGACUUACAUUCUCAUUAUUAUUAUGUAGAAUUCAUCUUAAAGGCGUUCCAAACGAACCUAAUUUAGAUCAAGAAUUUAACUUCUUUUUACGUGGUAAAGAAGGGGUUUUUAACUCGAUAAAUCAAGCUGAAAUCGAUGGAAUCGACAGCGAACAACAAGAAGCAAUGACACGAUUAGCAAAUAGACUUCCACCAUUUAGAAAAUUAUACGAAAAAAUCCGCGAAAUGCCCGAAUUCGGAGCUUGGUUACAACAAGGUACCCCAGAACAAAACGUACCAAGAUUAUGGUCAGAAGAGAAACCUUUAAGCCCUAUUGGAACCGCGAUGUAUCAAUUACUUCUAAUACAAGCGUUUAGACCCGAUAGGAUAAUUGCGGCUGCGCAGUUAUUUGUCUCGGCGGUUUUAGGUGAUACAUUCAUGUCAACAGCUGAAAAAGAAUUGGACUUUGCUGCUGUUGUUGAAAAAGAAUUACAAGCUGGAAUCCCCGCUUUAUUAUGUUCCGUUCCUGGGUAUGAUGCAUCAGGUCGCGUUGAUGAUCUCGCUGCAGAAUUAAAUAAACAAAUUUCGAGUAUUGCUAUUGGUUCAGCUGAAGGAUUUAAUCAAGCUGAUAGAGCUAUUAAUAUGGCAUGUAAAACUGGAAAAUGGGUACUACUUAAAAACGUUCAUUUAGCACCCCAAUGGUUAGUUCAAUUAGAAAAGAAACUUCAUUCCCUACAACCUCACUCAAACUUCCGAUUAUUCCUAACAAUGGAAAUUAAUCCAAAACUCCCCGUAAAUCUCCUCCGCGCGGGAAGAAUCUUCGUUUAUGAGCCACCACCAGGUAUCAGAGCAAAUCUAUUAAGAACAUUCAGCACGGUUCCCGCAAGCAGAAUGAUGAAAGCUCCCAAUGAAAGAGCACGCCUCUAUUUCCUUCUUGCAUGGUUCCACGCAAUCGUACAAGAACGUUUACGAUAUGCCCCAUUGGGUUGGGCAAAAUAUUACGAAUUUAACGAAUCUGAUUUGAGAGUGGCGUGCGAUACUUUGGAUACUUGGAUAGAAGCGACUGCAAUGGGUCGUACUAAUUUACCACCGGAGAAAGUACCAUGGGAUGCUCUUGUUACGUUAUUAUCGCAGUCGAUUUACGGUGGUAAAAUCGAUAACGAUUUCGAUCAACGUUUACUCCAAUCGUUCUUAUUAAAAAUGUUUACCCCAAAGAGCUUUGAAAGCGAUUUCCCUCUUGUCGCUCAUGUUGAAGGUGGCGAUGGAAACAUAACGAUGCCAGAUGGGACGAGAAGAGAUCAUUUCUUAAAAUGGAUUGAAGCGUUAUCUGAUCGGCAAACACCUUCUUGGUUGGGAUUGCCGAAUAACGCGGAAAAAGUUUUGUUAACGACGAGAGGUACAGAUUUAGUCAGCAAGUUACUGAAGAUGCAACAGUUAGAAGAUGAUGACGAAUUGGCGUAUACUGGUGAUGAUGCAUCGCCAACAGGACCGGCACAAAUCGAUGGAAGACCAUCUUGGAUGAAAACGUUACACAAUUCCGCAUUAACUUGGUUACAAUUACUUCCGAAAUCUUUGCAAACGUUAAGAAGGACUGUAGAAAAUAUUAAAGACCCGUUGUAUCGAUAUUUUGAAAGGGAGGUUAAUUGUGGAUCUAAACUUUUAGUUGAUGUUAACCACGAUCUUAAUGACGUGAUUUUAAUUUGUCAGGGUGAAAAGAAACAAACUAAUUAUCAUAGAACCAUGCUUGGAGAACUUGUAAGGGGGAUAAUCCCCGCUAAUUGGAGAAGAUACACAGUUCCACGUGGAUGCACUGUAAUUCAAUGGAUAACAGAUUUUAGUAAUCGUGUUAAACAACUUCAACAAGUUUCACAACUUGUAUCUUCAUCUGGAGCAAAAGAAUUACAAUGGUUUAACGUUUGGUUGGGUGGUCUUUUCAACCCUGAAGCUUAUAUAACAGCAACGAGACAAUGUGUAGCACAAGUUAAUAGUUGGUCUUUAGAGGAACUUCAGUUAGAAGUAACAAUUUGCGAUAACGUCGAAUCAACGGCAAACGAUUCUUUUGCAAUAACGGGAUUAAAAUUGCAAGGAGCUAAAAGUCGAAAUAACCAACUAUUGUUGACUUCCAGUAUAAUGUUGGAACUCCCAUUAACUUUAUUACGUUGGGUUCAUGUAACCGGAGAUUCGAAACAUACAAAUGGAAGAUUAUCUUUGCCGGUUUAUUUAAAUUCGACGCGGACCGAAUUGUUGUUUACAAUCGAUUUGAACAUAGCACCUGGUCAAGAUAUUCAUAGUUUUUACGAACGAGGCGUUGCUUUAUUAGCUUCCACCGCACUUAAUUAACUUAUAUUAAAUUAUUUUUGUUAGAUAUAUGGUAGCUUUUUAGCUUUUUUUUAAUAAUAACAAGUAUUUUAGAUUUGUUUCGAAUGUUAUUGAAAUGAUGUAAAACUUUUAAGGGUAAAGUAAUAAGGGAAUCAUCUCCAGGACUGUGAUCGCUUUUUUGCAUUUUUGAGAACUUCUUUUUUCUUUUUGUAUUGUACUAUUUAUCAUGUGAUGUUUUUGCUCUUGAUUGUUUUACAAUAAGUUAGUAACAAUCGAAAUAAACAAUUUCAUUAUUUCUUAGCAGCUAAUGAAUUAAUGAAUAAACUUGUCAUUUCAUGUGGGA